CGCAGUUACGACGUCUAUCCGUUUCCUGGCUGCAUGCUGCCCACAACAGAAGUUAUUAUUAUGGCUCCCGGAGAAUUAAGGAUCCCUGGUGAAGCGGAGGAUGGAAUUCUUAUUGGCGAUAAGCGUUAUUCUGGUGUGACUUUAACACUGGAUAAUUGUCUUCUCUCCCCGGAUCGACUGGAACGAAGUCCCUCGGCUGAGCAGGGACUUCCGCUAGAUACGGAGGAGCAGCUCAGAACUCAGGGCUGCGAGUUGAUACAGGCCGCUGGGAUACUGUUGAGAAUGCCGCAGGUUGCCAUGGCGACGGGGCAGAUUCUGUUCCAGAGGUUCUUUUAUUGUAAAUCUUUCAUCAGACAUUGUGUAGAGACUGUGGCCAUGGCCUGCGUCCAUCUGGCAUCGAAGAUCGAGGAGGAGCCGCGGAGGGUUCGGGACGUCCUCAACGUCUUCCACCGUCUGAAACACAGCAGGGGGAACAGGACGGCCCCACCUCUCCCACUGGAUGCGAACUACAUUAGCAUGAAAAGUCAGGUGAUCAAAGCGGAGAGAAGGGUCCUGAAGGAGCUGGGCUUCUGUGUGCACGUCAAACACCCGCACAAGAUCAUUGUGAUGUACCUGCAAGUGCUGGAGUGUGAGAAGAACCCUAAGCUGGUGCAGAUGGCAUGGAAUUACAUGAACGACAGCCUUCGAACGGAUGUGUUCCUGAGAUUCAGCGCGGAGACUGUGGCCUGUGCCUGUAUCUACCUGUCUGCCCGAUCCCUACAGAUCCCGCUGCCCGACCAGCCCCCCUGGUUCUGGCUGUUUGGGGCCUCGGAGGAGGACCUGAGGGAGAUCUGCCGACGCAUCCUGAGGCUCUACACCCUGGCCCAGACGCCCCUGCCCAAACUGCAGCAGCUGGUGGCAGAGUGUCGGUACGCCCUGGACUCUACCCGGGUGAAGCCUGGACAGGGAGGGGCGCUUCUGUCCAUCAACGGCACCCCCACCCUGGACGCCCCCACCAGCUUCUCCCCGACGUCUAAGCCUGUGUCUCCUGCAGGUGUCCAGGUCAACCGGGAGUCCCCUCUGUCUCAGGUGGCCCUGAAAAAAGCCUGUCGGAAGCUCAGCAACGGGGACGGGAAAACCAGGCUGAGCCGCAGCGAUGAGAGAAGAGAAGAGAAGUCUGAGUCUCCCGCCCACAGUCCCAGACGCAGGUGUGAAAGGGUUAAGAUGGAACGCAGUCGCAGUGUCUCCUCUCCUGUUCGCUCCCUCUCUCCUACCCACCGCAGGAAACCGCCGCCCGCAGGCCGAGAAAGAGACCGGGAAAAAGAGAGGGAGCGAGAACGGGAACGGCGGAGGGAGAGAGAGCGAGAGCGAGAAAGAGGGAGGAAAGAGAAAUACGCAGCACAUAGGAGAUGAUGAUCAUGAUGAAGACCACAGUGAUGAGUCGAUGAUUAUGAGGGCAACAAGGACAACGCAAGAAAUGACCCAAUACUACAGCUGGAAAAUAUUAUGGACCAAACUCCUUCAAGUGAGCCAUAUCUUGUAGUCUGUUUUAUAUUGUCAUGUCUCAACUGUUGUGACAGGAGAGACUAUCAUUGGUUACUGGCACAACUGUGAGCUUUAUACAUUUUCAUUUUUUAUAAAAUGCAUACAAUAUUGGUCUCCUGGCUGACUGGUCAUAAAAAUCAUGGGCAUGGUGCCUACUCAAGAAGAGUUUGUUUGGGAGAUAUGGCCACAGUAGAGCUUUGGACCUUUUUUCUUUUUUUCUUUUUUUUUCUUUUUGGGAAGAAAUGUAGGAGUGAGAAUUUUUAAAUAAAGAGGAUAAUUUUUCAAUGA